AUGGCGCAUCCGAACUACGGAAAGGACUACGAAACCGCAAGAACCGCCAUCAAUGCUGGAAUCAUCGAUGAUGGCCUCGCCACUUGCGAAACGCUACUCACAGAUCCGGAACUUCCUCGUUACUAUCGUAUCAAGACCCUCGUCCUUCUAGCUUCAGCAAACAAACAAUGGCGCCAGAAAGANAGUACUCACAUCAACAACCCUAUAUUAGGACCAAACUUUCUAACAAGAAAAUAUCAGGACUUGCGUUUGCGCGCCGAACAUACCUGGAAUGAAUCACGAAAAUUGCAUCCGCAAGGCCAAAACGAAACUACCGAUGCCGUACUAGCAGAGCUGCGAGAAUUGCUGGACGAACUCAAGACCGAGCAAAUCAAGACCAUGCCGCGAGCAAACUACGAAGACGACCUAUCUGCUGCUCUGGCCGAGACGNNGAGAUCGAGGACCUGGCUGACAUUGCUGAUGGAGAAAUCGAAACAUUGGUAUGCCGAUGAAGAAUAUGCUCGUGAUCAACGUACCAGUGACGAGCCACUGAUCAGCCAUACGACAACUACUAUCGCGGACGUUGAGACAGAUGAGUUCAAGCUACCUGCUUCAUCGCCGAAUUCUUCCUUUGCGCCUGCAUCUACGCUGAAGGCUUCGCAGGAUGUCUUGGCUCCCCAUAUUCGUGAUGGUCAAACUGCUGGCUCUAGGAUGGUCCAUCGUACUCGUGGUGUUGGAAGACGCUCUUCUUGA